AUGAAGUUCAUCUUUGGGCUUCUCACAUUUGUUACCGUCGGCCUAGUCAUCGGUUCUGUCUCUCAAUUGGCACUUUUACGAAAAUUGGAAGACUCCCAUGAUAUUCUAUUAUGGAAAAAUGACAAGGAAGCAGAAACCUUACGUCUUAAAUAUAUCAAACCUGAAGUUCUUAGCUGGUCUCCACGAAUCAUUUUACUGCAUAACUUCUUAAGCAUGGAGGAAUGUGACUAUCUUAAGGCUAUAGGGAGCCCUCACCUUAAACGGUCAAAAGUGGUGAAUGAAACAACAGGGAAGUAUUACAAGAGCAACGGCAGGACAAGCUCUGGUAUGUUCCUAAAGUGGAAAGAUAGAAAACACCCAAUGGUGCAGGCAAUUGAAAAGAGAAUUUCAAUCUAUGCUCAAGUACCAUCUGAAAAUGGAGAGGCUAUUCAAAUUUUAAGGUAUGAGAAGAAUCAAUAUUAUAAAGCCCAUCCUGACUAUUUUCUAGAUACUUUCAACUUGAAAAAUGGUGGGCAGCGAAUAGCAACAAUGCUUAUGUAUAUAGGUGACAAUGUUGAGGGUGGUGAAACAUAUUUCCCAUGGGGUGGUUCAAGUGAGUGCAACUGUGGUGGGAAAAUUGUCAAAGGGAUCUCUGUCAAACCUAUGAAAGGAAAUGCAGUACUUUUUUGGAGUAUGGGACUAAAUGGACAAAUAGAUCCGAAUAGUCGUCAUGGAGCAUGUGAGGUACUUUCUGGGACAAAAUGGUCUGCAGUAAAGUGGAUGAGAGAGAGACCUUACACUUUUCACCAUCUCAUAUAA